AUGUUUCGCCCCCCCGUCAACCGGGCGAUGAAAACGCUCGAUCGGUCCUUUUUCCGCAAAACUGUGCCCCUCGCUGCCGCCAAGAUCUUCGAAAAGUCGCAAAUCUCAAGCGUGCGUCAAGCGCUCGGCAAAAACCACGAUCUCCUAGCUCUUCCCCGACUCAACGUCAUUCGCGAGUUCAAGGAGCAGGAUGGUGCUAUCCGCAAAGGCCUCCUGCUACGAGAAGACAUCAAGGUGGAUGACAAGGCAACUUGGUCGCCGGUCAUCAAUGAGCUCGUGCAGAAAGGGACUGUCGCAGUGACGCCCUACGACCUGGAACUGGAUUAUGACUACUGGAGCUACGCUGAAAUCGCUAGUUCGAUUCUUCCGGAGGAGAUGGAAGAGGUGCCUCAAGGAUUCACGCAAGUGGGGCAUGUCUUACACCUGAACCUCCGAGAACACUGGCUCCCGUAUAAACAUAUCAUUGCAGAGGUCCUGAAGGACAAGAAUCCUACAAUCCGCACGGUCAUUAACAAAACCGAAGAUGUUGGCUCGCACAGCCAGUUCCGCACAUUCCCUUUCGAGCUGCUCGCGGGUGAUGCCGACAUGAAUGUGAUCCAGCACGAGCAAGAUUGCGAAUUCAGAUUUGAUUACUCUCGGGUAUACUGGAACAGUCGCCUGGAGACCGAGCAUCGUCGUCUGGUAGACACCUUCGGAGCCGGUCAAAUGGUUUGCGAUGUGAUGGCUGGAGUUGGACCCUUUGCCGUCCCGGCGGGCCGGAAGCGCAUUUUUGUCUGGGCCAACGAUUUGAACCCCCACGGCUAUGAGGUGAUGCAGGAUGCAACUGUACGCAACAAAGUGCAGGAUUUUGUUACACCAUUUAAUCAAGAUGGACGCGAUUUCAUCCGUUUCGCGGCCAAGGCACUCCUCGAGAGUGAACCGGUCACUGUCACGAUCAAAUCAAAGGCCCGGAGAGAGAAGAAGGGCAAAGCAAACGACGGCAAGCCUAUUGAGCAGCCACCGGAUCAGAUUUAUACCCGUCCCCGUUUUGUUGACCACUACGUGAUGAAUCUGCCAGCGACCGCCAUCGAGUUCUUGGAUGCUUUCCAGGGCCUGUACACUGGCAAAGAAGAGCUUUUUGCACCCCACACCAAGCAGACCCUUCCCAUGAUCCACGUCUACUGCUUCUCCGGCAACUCUGACAACGAGGUGGAUGAUCACAAGGACGUUUGCGAGCGUGUGUCGGAGCGCAUUGGGUUUACCAUCACACCGGAAGACCGAGUCGGUGGGUCUGGUGAUCAAUCCAUUGAACUGAACAUUCACAACGUGCGCCUGGUCAGUCCCAAAAAGCAAAUGUUCUGCGCAAGCUUCCGCCUGCCACCAGAGGUUGCAUUCCGGAAGGUUUAG